AUGACUCGAUGCACUGACUGCCCACGGACUGCGCCACUGAAGCGGUUGACUUCGAAGGAGAAGAAGAAUGGGAACUUUGGGCGUGAGUUCGUCAAAUGCGAGAGCAAGCCGGAGGGGCGGAUCGUGAAGAAAUGCCACCAUUUUGAGUGGAUGGAUGAUUACAUCCAGAGGCUUCAAGGGUCGGGCUUGCUGGAUUCGAGGGGGAAUGCAAUCCGCGAGUCCAAUCUGCCCCAUGACAGUGUCGCUCCGGCAACAGUAGCGCGUCCGGAAUACCCGACGGUGGUGGAUGUCGAACUGAAGACGGAAUUGAAGAAGAUGAACAAGAACUUCAAGCAGCUGAUUGAGUUGAAGAAGCUAUCCAAUCUGAUAGCUUUAGGAAUACUUGCUCUAGGAAUUUUUUUACUUGAUGGCCAUCUCUCGUUAGAGAUGUUUGUCUACUGUUGUUGCCACUGUUUAGGAAUCCAAGUCUGUUUAUCUCAAAUGCAACUCUGUUUAGUGCAACUGUCGAUCACUGAAUGUAUGCAGUUUACUGUUAAGUUUCGACACUUUCAGUUUCGGCAGAAAACAACUACUAGUUCAGUGAUAGGAUUAUUUUGUUAG